ACGCAGACACGCAUUAAUGCAUUAUAGUAUAGUCACAUACUACUGAUUUAACGUAAUACAUGUUUCUUUCGUAUGUUUUCGUUUUAUUUAUGUUGCGAUUAUAUAAAAUAAUUUACCAGUGGGUUUCUUUUACUUAUUUUAAUAUAAUAUACGCACAUUAAUUAUUCAUAUAGAUACAUUACGUAAAUGCGUAGUGUGCGUUAACAGUGUUCGAUUUGUGCUCGCAUUCAGGAAUAAAAUUGUACAAUAAUGAAAAAAAUGUAGAAUAUUACAGUAAUUUUUAUAAUUUUUAUUAUGGUGUACAUCCGUACGGGAACUUUAUAUCCACCAAAAGUGGUCAACAAAUCCAUAAAAAUAAAGUAACUAACCAGUGCAUACAAUUGUGAAACAUUUGAUGUAAGAGGUAACAGAUAGAGAACAGGGGCUGCAGACGCCGCUGCAAUUGAUUGAUACAUGAAUACACGAUGAUAGCUGAUUCGCAAAUCAAGAUUAUAGAUGUUGAAUAUGAAAAAUGCCGUUAGUCGUUUCCAUGGACUAAGAUAUCGUGGUCCUAGAGGACCAUGGCCAUUACUUAUCUUAAAUACAGUAAUGCCACUAUGACAUUCCGAAUUUCUGUGAUUGCUACUUCUUGGAAUUCCUCUUGUGCUGUACCUAACCAUCUACUUCGAGUUGACGAAUGCGUUCUCUGAUUAAAUAACAUACGCUCGUUGGCUAAACGGACUCCACCUACACGUGUUUUGCGCCGGAACAACAAUUAUUGCAUUUCCGCAUUCUUCAAUACUUAACAUCGUAUUUGUUUCGUCUGUUUGGCGUUUGUUAAUACCUACUCAACAUUUCCAUUAUUCAAGUUUUCCGAGAUGAAGAACGUCUAUGGAGUCCUCGUCGUGCUGUGCAUCCACCUAGCUUAUUCUGAAAGGACACCAAUGAUAUCACAUAUUACACAAAAACGAAUAACAGAUAUUGGCGAUACAACUGAAUUGACAUGUACAGUUUUAUAUGGUUCUGAUUUCAAUAUUUUGUGGAUUAAGGUUGACAAAGAAAGAUCUACAGAACCCGUUACAUUUUCAUCUGGAAGUACACUUAUUAUUAGAGAUUCGAGAUUAUCAUUGAGAUAUGAUAUGGGUAGCAAUAGUUACUCAUUACAGAUUAGUGAUAUCCAAGAAACCGAUGCCGGUUUCUAUCGUUGUGAUGUGAGUCUUGGGAUAAACAACAAAUUAUCAGCUGAAACCGAGUUAGUAGUACGUAGACCUCCGUUUAUUUCUGAUAACUCAACCAGAUCGUUGGUUGUAAACGAAGGUCAACCAGUAACACUGGAAUGUUAUGCCGGUGGAUACCCUAGUCCAAAAAUUUCUUGGAGGCGAGCAAACAAUGCAAUUUUAGCUAAUAAUAUAUCAAUUUAUAGAGGUAAUGUUUUGAAAAUGUCUUCUAUUAAAAAAGAAGAUCGUGGAACGUAUUUCUGUAUUGCUGAAAAUGGUGUUGGCAGAGGUGCCAGGCGUAAUAUUGCAUUAGAGGUUGAAUUUGCUCCAGUCAUAACUAUUCCUAAACGUCGUUUAGGACAAGCUUUACAGUAUGACAUGGAUCUUGAGUGCCAUGUUGAGGCAUAUCCUCCACCAGCUAUCAUUUGGUUAAAUAAUGGAGUACAACUUUCCAAUAAUCAGCAUUAUGGAAUAUCACAUUUUGCUACCACAGAUGAAAUAACAGAUACUACAAUAAGAAUCAUCACAAUUGAAAACCGUCAAUAUGGGGAUUAUGUCUGCAAAGCAUCAAAUGUAUUAGGAACUACUGAAGUUACAGUUACUCUUUACGAAACUAUAAUACCAGUAUGCCCACCAGCCUGUGGCCAACUAUCAUCAGCACACUUAAAAAACUCCACAGUUAAAAUGUCUAGUGCUAAUGUUUCGUUAUUAAUUGCUAUUUACUUAUUGUUGUUUACCUAACUUUCAAACUAUUAAACCUUCUAAAACCAAUUUGUUAAUGAUUUGGCAAUAAAUUUAAUGAUGGCUCUAA